UUACAGUCAGCCCUCCAAUGAUGUCUCGAAGAUUCAAUUGAGUCCACAACAGAUCCGAACAUUCAUUAUGACCAUUGAGGACAACACUAAGAGAGUCAACUGUUCCCUACAAUGGGAGUCCAUAACUGGCACUAAAAUACCCGAAAAUGCAAUCAUCGGUGGCUUUGAUAUCGACUCAAAACCUCUGUAUAUUUGUCGCCAUAAACAGGACCAAGAUAUUAUUCCGGGAAAAGCAAAUGAAAAUAUCGGAUGUGUGGUAACGAAGGGAGGGAAAGCCUACUCAAUAAAAUCGGGUUAUGAAGUACUUCAGGGACACGACUACGAUUGGGUGGAAAGGCAUGGCGGCGAUGUUGUACCCGAUCGGGCCUUCGUUGCCGGUCAUAACUCGAACUCAAACCCCAUAUUUGUGGGCAAAUGUGACCUACAUUUCGGUCCAAAUGAGACUCAAGUGGUCGGCAAAGUUGACCACAAGUUUUACUACGGAUGGGGAGAUGUUGAGCGCUCAGACUGUCUCAACCAUAUGAUUAUGACGUCGGACAUGUCAUCGCAAAACACAUCCAACGCGUCCAAUAGGGAUGAGUUGGCGGAGAUGGACAACGACUCGGACGCCAUGACAGAGGGGUCGGAGCGUCGGAAGCGGGUGUUUGGGAAGGAGUUACGGUGUAUGAUGUAUGGCUUCGGUGAUGACCACAACCCCUUCACUGAGUCCGUCGAUAUGCUCGAAGACCUCGUCAUCCAGUUUGUCGCUGACAUCUCGUUGAAGGCUCAGGAAGUCGGCAAAAAUGGCAAGAUAUCCGUCGAAGACGUCCUCCAUUGCGUCAAACGGGAUGAACGCAAGUACUCCAGAGUUAGGGAUCUCUUGUCGAUGAAUGAAGAGCUGAAGAAAGCGAGGAAAGCCUUCGACGAG